CCCUCUCCCUAUAUAUAACUCUCACCCGCCACAAAACAGGUAAACAACUCGCCACAAGUUAGCUCAAGCUCGAGACAAAGAGGGAACCAACAGAAACCACCACGGCGGCGGCGGCGCGACACAUCACCGGAGAGAUGGCGGUGGCGGUGGCGGCGGCGGCGGCGGUGAGCAGGCAAUGGACGAGGGUGCGGACGCUGGGGCGCGGGGCGUCCGGGGCGGAGGUGUUCCUGGCGGCGGACGACGCGUCGGGGGAGCUGUUCGCCGUCAAGUCCGUGGGCGCGGCGGGCGCGGCGGCGCUGAGGCGGGAGCAGGGGGUGAUGGCCGGGCUGAGCUCGCCGCACGUCGUCCCCUGCAUCGGCGGACGCGUGGGGCGCGACGGGUCGUACCAGAUGUUCCUCGAGUUCGCCCCCGGCGGGUCGCUCGCCGACGUGGCGGCGAGGUGCGGCGGGCGGAUGGAGGAGUGCGCCGUCGGGGAGUACGCGGUGGACGUGGCCAGGGGGCUCGCGUACCUCCACGGGAUGGGGCUGGUGCACGGGGACGUCAAGGCGAGGAAUGUCGUGAUCGGCGGCGACGGCCGGGCGAAGCUCGCGGACUUCGGGUGCGCGAGGUGGGCGGAUUCGGGCCGGCCGAUCGGCGGCACGCCGGCGUUCAUGGCGCCCGAGGUCGCGCGCGGGGAGGAGCAGAGCCCAGCCGCCGACGUCUGGGCGCUCGGCUGCACGGUCAUCGAGAUGGCCACCGGCCGCGCGCCGUGGAGCGACAUGGACGACGUGCUCGCGGCGGUGCACCGGAUUGGCUACACGGAGGCCGUCCCCGAGGUCCCCGGUUGGCUGUCCGCCGACGCGAAGGACUUCUUGGCCAGGUGCUUGCAACGGCGCCCCAUUGACCGGAGCACGGCGGCGCAGCUGCUAGAACACCCGUUCGUCGCCUCCGCCGCCGGCGACGGCAAGCCGGAGGCCGCGAAGUCCAAAUGGGUGUCCCCCAAGAGCACCCUGGACGCCGCAUUGUGGGAGUCCGACACCGACGAGGAGGAAGACGACGAGCUGUCGCAGAGCACGGCCGAGAGGAUCGGUUCACUGGCCUGCGCCGCCUCGUCGCUGCCGGAUUGGGACUCCGACGACGGCUGGAUCGAUGUGAUCUCCACCCCUACCGAAGAAUCCUGCGAGACCACCACCUCGCCGGCCGACGAGGAGACGACGACUGACCUCAACGGCGACAUCAGAACCGCAGAAUUCGAGCUUCCCCACAUUGACGUGGACAGCGGCAAUGGCAACACCACCCACAAUGUGGGAGAAGCCAAUGCUCAGCACAUUAUUUCCCCUUCGAAUUUAGUUUUCGAUCAAGUACUAUGUAAAACACCAUUUUGUAACAAACACAUUGCAAUUGAAUUCAUACCAUGUUUUCUCCUCACAAAUGUUUUUCUCCCCCUUUCGCUGCUCUGUUCAUACGCUCCUCACCCUUAGUCUCUGCCCUCCUCCUAUCGCGCCACGUGUCCGCGAAUUUACCGGCCAAAAUUAACUGCGGUGACCAAUACGUGCGGGAGUGAAACUGCGCGGCAGCUUGCUUGCUCUGCAAGUGCAACACUGCGCCCGCGUAGUAGGAAUGAGAAAUCGAUCAGCUUCAGCAGUUCAGCUUCCCCACCACGGCACAUACACACGCCCGAAGCUUCGCUUCCGACGCGAAAGGGAUCGAGUCGAGUCGACACGGAAAGCGCAUCGCAGCAGCGCAGCGUCAGGGCGGACGCAGAAAGGGGGCCGCGCGCGCGCGCGGUCAAUAGCCUUCGGCCUCUCGUGGCGCCGCGGCAGCACAGACAGCAGCAUAUGGGCCCGUGUCCAUUCAGCAAAGGCGAGAGAGAGCGAGCCGACGGUGAAAGGCGCACAAGGGGAAGAACCGAAGAAAAGGAGUUAACAAAAGGUGCCCAUUUUACAAGUAAGCGUCGCGUCCUACUACUGCGAGCGAGCGUGCGUGCGUGCGUCGUUGCGGUUGCUUCCACCGGUGGGGAUCCGGCAUGGGAACGGGAUAUGCUACUACUGCCAACUUCGGUGUGACGGUGUCACGGUCCGAUUCGUGAUUCGUCCCCCCGUUGUUUUUUU